AUGGCCAGGUUGUGCAUCCCCUUUGAAGGUGCAAGGAAGAGGAAGAGAGGGGAGCAAAGCUUUGGGUUUGACUCGUUCUGUGACACAGGCAAUCCAACUCAUCUCACUGGCUCGUUCCACGACAAACUUAAAGCCCUCCGCAUGUUUGCCCACCCUGAAGCUGUAGCACAAGGAGAGCUGCAGUGCCAUUCUUUUCAGCUCGAACUGCAUCGCCAUCCUCCCACAAGUGUUCGACUGUUUGUCUUGGAAGAGGACGUAGAAACAUCAACCUGCCGUCGAUGUCGCUACUGCGUCUCUGUUGGUUGGGGUCACCACAUUAUUUGCAGCAAGAGAUUUCACUUUGUCUUACCCACCAAAGACACUUUGUCGGAGGUGCAGAACAUAUGCCUGCACUCCAAUGCAGAGUGGUCAAAGAAACCUACAGCAGGAUCGAAGCUGGUGAACACAAACCGCUGUUUGUUGCAUGGAGUCCUGCAUUCCAAUGGUUUUGGGCAUCUGCUUCUCAUCAAUGGCUUUGAAGGUGGUUCUCAUUUCGUUUCCGGUCAUCGGAUUAUGGAUUUGUGGGACAGGAUAUGCACAGCAUUGCAAGUCAGGAAGAUAAGCGUAAUCGAUGCAUCAACGAAGGGUAAAAUGGAGCUCAGAUUGGUCCAUGGUGUAGCCUAUGGUGAGCCGUGGUUCGGUCGAUGGGGAUACAGGUUUGGUCAUGGAAGCUAUGGAGUCACUGAACAGAUGUAUAAACGCUCUGUGGAUGCCCUCCACGCCCUUUCUCUCCGUCUUCUGCUUCCUCAUCUCGCUUGCUUCGGUCGUGAAAUCCCAGUUAUCGUCGGCAAGUAUCAGUCGCUCUGCAACCAAGUGCUGCUCACCUUAGGCGACCUGUUCCGCUUCAUGAUCGAGUUGAAGACGCGCCUUCCGCCCAACUCCAUGGAUUACCAUGGAGCCAUCACUGAAGCGUCGUGCAGGUGGUCGACGAAAAGGGUGGAGAUGGCGGCUCGAGUAAUCGUGGAGCAGCUCAAGAACUCCGAGCUGAGGUGGGUCACGAGGCAGGAGAUCAGAGACGCUGCGAGGGCACACAUCGGCGACACGGGAUUGCUGGACUACGUCCUGAAAACGCUGGGAAAUCACAUUGUUGGCAACUACGUCGUUCGUCGCACCGUGAAUCCGAUCACCAAAGUGCUGGAGUACUGCUUGGAGGACAUAUCCAAUGUGUUCACUGGCCAUGACAACUUAGCUUCAGGUAACCAUUCCAAGUCGAGGAUCAGGUUGCAGCUCACCAGGGCGCAGCUGACGAGAGACAUGCUCUACCUGUAUAAGCACAUCCUGAAGGAGCCGAGCUCAGCAGCAGCCACCGGCAUGCUCGAUGCAAUUCCGGUAGCAGUAAGGAUGGUCAUGGACACUAAGCAAUUGGUCAAGGAGUAUCAACAGGGACCGCCACCUGAGAAGGCCGAAGGUAGCCAUGGGUACUUGAAGCUUUCGUGCAGCAUCCGCAUGAAUGGAGCCGAUGUGGAGAGAACGCCACCACAUGAAACCGUGGUUGUUCCUGCUCACGCGACCAUCGGCGAGCUGAAGAGGGAGGUGGGGAGACACUUCAGGGCGGUGUACUGGGGACUGAAGAGCUUCGUUGCAGACUCCAUCGUCGGUGUCAGGUGCAGGGACUCGGACUUGGUCCAUGAACUGAUGCAAUCAGGAAGCAGCAUCGUGGUAGAGGGGAGGAUGGAGGGGGAUGACGGAGAGGAGAUUUACGAGGGUGGAAACGGUGGUAAUAAGAUCGUGGAUUGCCUGUGUGGUGGAAAGGAGGAGGACGGAGAGCGGAUGGUCUGCUGCGACAUCUGUGAGGUUUGGCAGCACACACGCUGUGUGGGGAUUCCGGACGAGGAUGACGUCCCUCCGGUCUUCCUCUGUGGUCGAUGCGAGAACGACAUGCUUGCCUUGAGGAAUUUGGCAUGACAUGCAAACAUGUAUCGUUAAUCCUCCAUUAAAACCUUCGAAACGGCCUUUGAAGGUUCAGCUUUUCCAAGGAAAUGGCAUCCCUUAAAGCCAUGAAUGAAUCAACGUUCAGUUCGACCAA